UUCAUUUUGGAAAAUGUAUUUAUAACAUUCCAUUCGAAUUUUCAAAAUAAUUAAUUUCACAGAGCGAUUCAAUGUACACUGAUUAAAUUGUGCGGAUUAAGACAAUAUACUCUUUAGAGUAAUUAAGACUUCAUCCCUGUAGACCAACUAUGGAUAACUUGGAUUCAAAACACGAGGGUCAAAUAAGAAAACGGACGCGAUCAACAUCAAAAGAUGUAAAAUAUGCAGAACCAUCAGAGAAAACAAGUCUCUCAGUCAUCUCAACUUUAACAACUGAUGACCGUAAAAGAAAACGGAAGACCACAGCUCGCUUAGAUGCAAAGUCAAGGAAACAAAGUUCUGAAGUCGGCUCGGGUUCAACGAAUGAGGCUCUAAAUGAAAAACGGAUGAAAAUAGCUUCUUUUGAGAAAACAAAUACCAAACCAAUAGUGAAACUGAGUCUUCCAAGCUUCUCUGGAGGCCACAGCGUAUUACGUGCGGCGGGUUUACCAAGACCAAGUAGUCCCCCUCAUUUGACUAAAGACAAAUUGAAAAUACCAACACUUGCUGAGGUUAUUAAGGCUGCUGAUGACAAGCCAGUAGUGUGGGCACUACCUCCUCCGCCACCACCACCGGAUCCACCAAAUCCUAACUAAGGAUUUACAUUGUUUACAGUUAACUUUGAAUAACGGAAUAACAAACCGGAAGUCAAUAAUGAUAUUUCUUUUACAAAUGAAAAACUGCUGAUAUCAAAUUUUUUGUUUAUGUUUUAAGUUAUCUGUAUGAUUUGUAUUCUGUACAUUUUAAUCUCUCCAAUUAAACUUACAUAUCUAUUAUAUAUUAUGCAAUACAUGGUUAUCUGAAAAAAAAGGCUAUUGUUCAUAAAUGUUGAUAAAACAAAACUUCUUUAUAGCCCAAAGUUAGUGCGUAGGUCCUGGUACUGACUACCAACAUUUAGUGUAAAACGAUCAUUUAGAUCUUAACAUCAUCUUAAAGCAUGAACAAUGAUUUCUAAAAUCGUUUUAUCCACUUUUAAACGUAUGCACUGUUGUGAAGUCAUUUUUGUUCAAGCAAUUAGCGCGCAGUCAAUGUAGUACUGUUCAGUAGCUUUCAGAAAUGUUAGUUAAUUCUUGAGGCUGUGGUAGAUGAUAAGAUAUCUAUUAAAUAAAAAAAAAUAUUUAAAUUGUAAAGGUCUAUAUAAAUAUCAUGCGUUUAUGUUUAUGUUCAUCAAUAGUCUGGUCUUAUGAUUUUCAUUUGAUAUAUUUAUAGAAAUAAUCAUUCAAAUAAUAUUCAUCUGUUGACUAGAUUAAAUACCCAUUUAUACAAUACUUUGCCCUUAUGUACAAAAUAAUAUUUGAUGGCGUAACCGUAUAGAUUAAUUACAACAGUGAAAGCUCGUAUGCAAUGGAAUUGGAAUGAUUUAAAAAACCCAAGUUAUAACGGGUGCCUUAGAACACCGAAAUGACCUCCUUUGUGCACAAAGGUACACAUAGGACCAAAAUGAAGUUUAAUAAGAGCACAAUGGACUUGAAAUUCCAUUAAAAGCAUAAAAAUAUUAUAAUUCCGGAAGAAACAUGUAAAAUUGUUUUUAACAAUUUCAAUAAAAACUGCGAUUUUAAUUAUGUACGAUUUGGUGUUAUCACCGGUAUCGGUAAGGAACCGACUUUAUAUCUGGGCUAUGUGAUAGCUCAUGUAUGUGAAUUUUUAAAUAGUUAUAAAAUAAUAUAAAUGAUAAAAGCAUCAAAUAUUUUUCUUAAUAUUUUGUUGUAAUAUUUUUUAAGAUACAGGCUUUACCAAAUCUACGAAAUUUAUGUACGGAUACCGAUGUUUUGCUGUUGUUUUUUUUUUGUGUCUCGUAUUUCAUAAGCAGUGUGUUUUUCCUAUGUAUGGUAAUAUAUAUUGCAACGACUAAAACGUUUCUAAGACACAAAGGGAACUGUGUGGCAAUAAUUCUAAAGGUAUGAAAUUAUAGUUUGAAUGUUUAUCAAUUUUUCUGCACAAAACAAAGUAUGUACCGUACUUUCCUUACUUGACGAUUCUUAAAUUGCUUUAACGAAAACGUUUCUAAGGCACAAAGGGAACGGCAUGGCAGUUAUUCUAAAAAUAGGAAAUUGGUUUUUAAUUUUUAAAGGUCCUUUGUGGUGUUUUUAUAGAUCGAGGUAUAACUGUACUCCAUCUCAUUCAUUGGUGAUUAAAUUGCAUAUUAUAUGAUGUACGUAUUACUAGACAAAAGUUGCUGGAUCUUGAUAGAUGCUUACGAAACUUUAAUGAAUUAUUUGUACUUUUCAAAAUAACUUUGAUAUCCUUUAAAACUGAAAAAAAAUCUAUCUGAUAAAAACUACUGGUUUUUUUUCUAUGAUACAAAAUAUAUCCUAUUGCAAUCAAAUUUGUCCUAUGAAUUCGUAAACGACAAAAAAAAAUGUCAUUCUUUAAUAAUCCUAGAAGGUUAAAAAAAGUACUAUUGUAAAUUAUUAUUUUCGGAAUUAAUCUUAAGACAUGCAUCAAAAACGGUUUAUUUCCGAUUGUCCCACUUUUUAAAAUUUUAGAGUUCUGAUUGUCCCACAUGGAAAGUUCUGAUUAUCCCACAUUAUUUUCAUAUUUUUAAUGUUCUUGAAUAAACAAUGUAAUUGUUGUUUGUUUUGCAAUAUCAAAUUAAAAUUAAUUAUUGCAUGAGCAAACUAGUAGUUGAUAUCAAUUUUAUAAAUGUAACUAUGAAUUGUUGAAUAAAUCAUCAGUUAAAAUCUCUUUUAAUUAAGCAAUAUAACAUAUAUGUAAUAAACGAUAUCUAUUAUGUUACUAGGUUAAUUCAUAAGUCAAAUAUCAAUAUUUUUUUUUAUUUUAAAGUUGUUAUUUAAAUUUUACAAACAUGGACGCAAUUUUCACUUUUUUUUUCAUUUUUAAUAGCGCUCAGACUGAAAGGUCUAGCGACUGAUUUAAUAAAAAACAAAUCAUUUACAAUCUCAAUAUUACAUAAGCAAUUUUAUAUAUAUGUAAUAAAAUAGAUUGUAAGAUCUCAACCUAUAUUCUCAUUUAGGGAAAAGAGAUAGAUGUGGACCAGAAAUGUCAUCAGUGUCCUCUAAACACAUACACUGUUAUAAAAACGUCCAGUGGCAAGUUAAAUGCUUUAAGCAGGACGAGAACAUGUUGGUGUUAGAUGAAUAUGAAACCUUCUUUGAAAAGAACUAGACCGACACAGUCAUCAAGCCGGAAUUUUAACUUGCUAGUGCACAAGAUAACAGUCCACAGAAAGACACAUGUGCCACCAUACACAGACAAAUUAUUCUAAGUAAGGACUGACCAGUCUUUCGUCUUAGUCUAAAAUGUAGCGUCCUUUGAGGAGAAGCAACAAAUUCCAAAUUUCUGUUCAUUGGUUUGACAUGGCUGGGGUCAAUUUAUUAUUAUUGUGUAAAGUUAAACCAGAUAUCUAUACAAUCAACAUAUCUGCACAUUAUUUCGUUUUAAGUUUAUGAUUUUCUAAUUCAAGGAUUUUCUUAUUAAUAUUCAAAUAAAACUUUCCUCAUUUUUUUGCUUGAAUUGAAUGCUUACUUGAACAAUUUUAUGAUCAGACUUAUUAUAUAGAAUAUGUUUCAUUUCAUUGUUUUAUGAAUAUAUCUAAUAUCAGCUUAAAACCUGUCAAUUUUAGAACAAAUCCCUGAAACUUUGUAACAUGUAAAAUUAUUCUUAUCUCUUUGUAUUUCUCUAAAACACAUCUUUUAAUUUAAUUUAAUUUUAUCCUUGAUACUUCUAAAUUUUUCAAUUAUGCACUAUAUGUUCAAUUUACAAUUUAUGUUAAAGGAGUCUAUUUAAUAUUUUAUUAAGUUAAAAUAUAUCUAUUUUGUUAUAUAAUUGUUCUUUAUUUGGACAGUAGUUUAACAAAAUAUCACAAAAGAAAAGAAAAUAUGUAAACACCAUCUUUUCUCAAUGUUUAUUUCAAAUUUUAUGAGUUACAUAAUAACUUGUAAUUACCUGCUACACACUUUAAAAACAAAUUAAUCACUAUCAAAACAAUUCCCAAUUGUCCCACAUUUAAACUUCCCAAUUGUCCCACAAACAUCUUCCCGAUUGUCCCACAAAAUUUCAUUACAUUUUUACCUGUAAUUUCAAAAAGUGGGACAAUCGGGAAGACACC